AUGAGCGUUGCAGCGAGCGUUCUCGGCUACGCAGGCCUCGGCUUCCUGACGCGCUGCUACCAGCUCGGCAUCCAGAAGCGCAACAUUUUUGACAACCUCGGAGGGCACGCGAUGGCCAUGACCGCCUUUGGCGCCCUUGGCUACUACUUCCACGGGCUUGAGGGACGGCAGCAGGAGCUGAUUCAGAAGAAGAAGGAGCAGAUUCUCGAGAACCGCGAGAGGUUGGCUGCGCGGGCCAGCGCAGCAGACGAGUAGAUGAUGCACGCACACGGCACCACAGACUAGGGGAAGGGCCAAAUACAAUGUCUAAAAAUCGUGCUCCAAUUGAUUGAGAUCACUGGCCAUACAAGACGCUCUUGUAGUCUCGGAGGAUGACGCCCACACUCUCAGGGCCGCUCAAGCCCACCUCGCUGGCUACGGCUGUGACGUAGCGGGGUGGGGUGAGAUCGUACAAGAGAUUGACGGCUCCCAACGAUUCGUUGCCCUCCCAUUCCUUUGCCGAGAUGAGGUC